CGUUGCGGUCAGCUAAAUCAUAGUUUGAUUGAUUAACCUAACCAACAAAACUAGCUGUUCAACAUGAAGUUCCUGAUUGCAUUUGCUGUCCUCGCUCUGGUCGCCUGCAUCAAUGCCAAUCCCUAUGGCAGCAACCGUGGCUAUGAAGGUGGUCGAGUGGCCUACGUUCAGGAGGUUGGUUAUGGCGGCAGCUCCUAUGGCAACCAUGGCUAUGGCAACCAGGGCUAUGGCAACCGCGGCUAUGCGCAGCCCCUGUACUCGCGCUCAUCGAACCCCAGUGCCUCGGCCGCUGCGGCCGCUGCCUCGGCUGGCAUCCGCCCAGGCAGGUACGAGCAGGCUGCAGUCAUCGGUUACGAUCUGGACGCCAGCUACAACGGCCACAGCCGCGGUGGCUAUGGACGUGGUGGCUAUUAACUCAGCCACAUCCAAUUGAGCCAAUGACCUCAUUGUUCAAUGGAUC